AUGAUGAACGUAAGAGUGGGAGGGAAUACAUCCUCUUAUAAGGACAAGGAAAUAUCAAAUGGUACAAGUAAUAUAGGACUGGUCAGGUCUCCGAGAAGACAACUUCCACUCACUGAUAUUCCUUCUAAUGUCAUUGGUAGGAUACAUAAUACUGGGAGCUUAAAAAAGAGAGACUAUUUUACCGAUGCGCCUACAAGUAACAUGUCUAAGACGGACAAACGACUCUCUCAGGGAUCAGCAGCUAGCAAGAGCAAAAGAAAAGCUGAGAAUAGAAUAGGUCCAUGGCGUUUGGGCAGAACACUUGGACGGGGUUCUACCGGAAGGGUUAGGCUGGCAAAGCAUUGCCAAACAGGUCAAUUAGCUGCUAUAAAAAUCAUUCCCAAGGUAAUUGCUCAAGGGUCUCAUGGCAAGGCCAGAAUUGACGAUAACGGCCUCCCAUAUGGUAUUGAGAGGGAAAUAAUUAUUAUGAAGCUAAUAUCCCACCCAAACAUUAUGGCUCUGUAUGAUGUGUGGGAGAAUACAAACGAACUUUAUCUUGUCUUGGAGUACAUUGAGGGAGGCGAACUAUUUGACUUUCUAGUACACAGAGGAAGACUCACCGAGCAUGAGGCCGCACAUUAUUUUGGUCAGAUCAUAGAUGCGGUUGCCUACUGCCAUAAGUUUCAGAUUUGCCAUAGAGAUUUGAAACCGGAAAAUAUUCUGCUGGAUCGUAACCAUAAUAUCAAGCUCGCAGAUUUUGGUAUGGCUGCCUUAGAAACGAGACAAAAACUUUUGGAGACCUCAUGCGGCUCUCCACAUUAUGCUGCUCCGGAGAUAGUUUCCGGUAAGUCUUAUCAUGGAUCACCAAGUGAUGUUUGGUCCUGUGGUGUCAUACUAUUUGCUAUGCUGACCGGACAUCUUCCGUUUGACGAUCCUAACAUUAGAAAUCUUUUGUUAAAGGUGCAGACAGGCAAAUAUCGAUUACCUUCCUAUCUUAGUAUUGAUGCGAAAGAUUUGAUACAGCAGAUGCUUAGGGUGAAUCCAGAUGAUCGUAUCCCAAUUGAAGAAAUAUCUCAUCAUCCUUUCAUUCUCAAAUACGGGGAAAACUCCACUCACAACGCCAGGUCUUUACUCGCUCGUCAAUUAGACAAUCUAGAUGUUUCUGCACCUAUAUUACAUCCCCAGUCAGAUAUUCUGCAUAAUCUAGAGACCCUCUGGCACGGUAUUGCAAGGAACAUUAUAAUAGAGAAGCUUCGGAGUGCACAGGCGAACACAGAAAAAAUGUUUUAUUAUCUAUUAUUGAAGUACAAGGAAGCACACUCAACAAAUAAUAAUGGUAGGGCAAACUUUGAUCCGAACGGAUCUGGCUCAAGUGACAGUGGAUCAGAAGACUAUUCUGGAUGUUCGGAUACACAAAGAUUAAAACAGCAUCCGGAGAAACAAUAUCAACGUCCAGUGGUUCAUAAAAAGCAGAUAUAUAAGCAAAAAAAUAAAAAGCAUGAUGUCGCCUUUCCUGUGGGCUUCACAUCUAAACAUCGGUCUUCAUCAAAGCUUAGCCUCAUUGUUCAUUCUGCGAGUACUGUCACAACCACAAUUCAGGAUGAAAAUGGUAAAGUCCUUCAGCAGCAGACAAAGAAAAUAUUGAUUCCUUCAAAGGCUGCAACUUUGAGAAAGAAACAGAUCGACCAACCCACUCCUAAUACUACUAAAGUUGCCAAAUCUCCAUUAUCUAUUCGGGCUCUUGGCACACCAAAAAUGGCACCAAUUUCAUGCUACUCUUCGGUGGCACAAACAGACAACUUAUCUGAAUUUAAGUAUUUGUUUGGCUCAAUUUAUAAUGACCCUGAUUUAGCUACUCUCUCUGCAAAUACUCCGACGAAAAAAGAAAACUUUAAGAUUUACCAAGAUGAUACGGAAUCUAAGGUGGUGCCUACGCUUUUUAAGGCCAAUUCUGCUAUUUCCAAGAAUAGUGGAGGAAUGAAGGCCUGCUCAUCCAUGAUUCAAUCAAAUAAUUCGUCCUCCUACAAAAAGAUCGUUUCAGAUAAUCACAGACUUUCGCAACAUACUACAAAAUUCUCUCCCUUACCGAAUACCCCGGAAAUAUUCGAGGAUACAAAAGGUGGUAACAUGGAUAAUUACGUAUCAGUGCUAGACCCUAAGGUGCACAAGCCAAGUGACGGAGCACACCCACCAAGUUUAAAACCAUUUGACAAAAACAAUUUUAAUUCAGCGAGGAUUGCACUAAAAGAACUUGGAAUCAAAGGAGAUCACUUCCAUUUGACGUUCAAUCAAGGGAAAGAGGAGUACGGUGAAUCUCUUCAUCGGAAAUCCUCUCUUGCAAGGUCAAUAAGAUCCAAUUCUAUGCGUAAUCUUUCAAUGAUUUUGGCGGAAGGAACACAAAUUUUAACGGUACCAGAUAAUAAAAACAACACAUUAGUUGACUCACAGUAUCUUUUUUCUUCUCGUGAAAAUAAAUCUGGAAAGAGCAAUAGAUAUACAGGAAAAAGAAACAGCAUGCAAUCCUCAAAAACUAAUAACACGAAUGUCCGCAGCUCUUUUGAAUACUCAUUUUUAGACGAUAUCACUAGUACUGUACAUAAUGCCGUUGAGGUUCCAAUAGUGAACAGCUCAGAAGAUCAUCUUGUCAGAGUAAAGGAUUUUGGCUUGGGAAUUAAACGUGCCAUGGACAACGGGCAUGCGGGCCAAAAUAAGCGUGACGACAAGUUCGCCGAUGCGGAAGAAGAUGCGGUUGAACGUAAUUUCUUGAAUGAUGAGCAGAAUGCCAGCCACCCAUUAAAAGUACACCAAAGAGUGGAUUCGAACGCAUCGGAAAAGUGCAUCAAAAAGUAUCCAAAUAUCCGUUGCUCACUCAUGAAUGGCUCGAAUUACGAGUUUGGUCAUGACGAUGAAAGAAGAUUAAGUCUAACUCCGGAGAAGGCCAAAAUUCCAAAACCGAAGCAAGAUCUGGAGGAUAAUGGAACUAAAAGAGAGUCUAUAUUUGCCGACCCAGAGGAAAGUAAUGUCGCAAUUAAUCCAACCAGUGCCACUCAAAACAUAACUAUUUUUGAUGAAGAGAACGAGAUGGAUCAAGGACUAUUGGAUGGAGUUAAGCAGAACUAUCCACAGAAAGAAGUGGCUAGAAAAAAUGCAAAACAUGACACUCAAGGCCUAAUUUCGCCAAAUCAGAAGAUAGAAAGAAAUAGUACGGGGUUGAAUACUACAAGAAUGUCAUGGCUAUCAACUGCCACAGAAAAAGCUUCUACUUUACUUCAUCGCCAAGUGGACACCUCUACUGCAGACGUUAGUCUCAAAAAUAGGAAUACUGGAAUAAAGAAAUCAGUGACUAUACCACACAAAGAAUUAAAGAAGACAGAAGCUAAGUCCAUCAAUAUGCCGGGUACUGUGAAAACAAAUGAAGGGACACAAAGACCUAAUUGGUUUCGGAGAAUUUUUGGGUCAAUAAGGACGAAACAGAAAGGAAGGAAAAAAGGAAAUGAGAAGAGACCCUCAGUUAGUGGAACUAGUUUGAGAAAGAAAAACACGGUUAAGUUGCAUAACCUUUUUGCAGGGAUCACAAAUCAAUUUUACUUUGAAGCAGAUUAUUUGACAUCAGAAGAAGCAGAAUCUGGCCUGAUAGAUAGUUGCAAUGAUACACCAAAAACUAAGGUCUCAACAUUGCCAGGGGAAGGAAACACUAUUGUAUGCACGAUUGUUAGAAAGCGAAACGACAGAGUUCUCUCAAUCCGGGCCACGAUCGAGGAACAAAUAGGUGGGGAGUAUGGCUUUGGAGGAUGCUUUAUUCACAUUGCGAAGGUCAAGGGCAGUACGUCACAGUUCCGGAGUUACUGCAAAUUAGUAAAUGAGAAGUUAAAACGACUUGAUGCUAGGAAAAUGGAGAAUGCAUCGGAUAUUCACUGA